AUGCACACACUCCUCACGUUUUGUCGGUGUUCUGCAAGAAUUGCUGAUGCUGCAGCUCGUUUAAGCUGCAACUUGAGGCUAACUGAUAUGGCCUCCGCGUAUAACGAAAGUGAUGAGGGAAGAUUUGGAGUUUUCAAUACUUUAGGACAUAAAAAAUACAUUUCCUUGCUUGCCUUUGGAACAAGCUUUCCUCAGAUCUCACUAGCUACUACUGAUGCCAUACGAAAUGUUGGUCAACUGUAUGCUGGAGGGUUGGGUCCUGGAACACUCAUUGGCUCUGCUGCAUUUGACCUUUUUCCAAAACAUGCUGUAUGUGUUGUGGUUCCAAAAGCCGGAGUAUUGAAAAAGAUUGCUGAUAUAGGAGUUUGGCUGGUAUGUACUCCAAAUGUCAUUUCGCUUUGGGAAGCCUUAUUGACAGUGUUGCAAUAUGAUUUACUGCUAAUGCAUGCUUAUGCUCAAGACAAGCGUUGGCCCUACUUAUCCCUUCCUAUUCCAAGAACAAAAAGGCCAGAGGAGUGGGUGCCGGAAGAGGCUCCUUCACCUAAGCAUGAGAACAAUGUGUAUGAAGAUUUCUCUGAGACACGUCAUGGUGGAAUGAAUGCUUAUGUCAUUGCAUUCACAGCAUUAGCUAGUGGAACUUCAUGGCCGGAUUUAGUGGCGAGUAAGAUUGCCGCUGAACGCCAGACAACAGCAGACUCUGCCAUUGCAAACAUCACUUGCAGACUGUUUCUUAUUCUAAAAGAGAUUCAGGGAGACCUGAUUGGUUCGAGGAUUAAAGCUGGUAAUGGGAUUUGUUAUGCUUGUGGUUUUGUAAUGCUGGAUGUUGGCGUCAAAUUAUGCUUGGCGUUUGACACUGGGGGCAGAACUUGGAGGACCAAGGAUCUGGGCCUGGGAUCCCAAGAGCGUAUACUAACCCUGCAAAGAUCCAAUGCGCAUGUAUUGUAA